AUGGAACGAUGCCAAGAUCGAAAAGACAGUUAUUCGGCAUCAUCUGGAUACGAAUCUGCUAAUGAUUAUCAUAUUUAUGCAAUGACGAACAAGAAAGCAAAUAUUCUUGACAAGAAACGAAACGAAGAAAAACUUUCCCUGGUCCGACAGGCCGACGAAAUACGCCAUCGACAGUGGCAACUGAAAAAAGAGCUCGAAGAAGCGAAAAGAGCAAUCGGGCAAGAGGAGGAUGCAAAUGACCAACGACUAAACGGGUUGAGUCGAACGACAAUGAUUGAUGCAAUGCUUCAGGAGAAUCGAAUCCUUGAGAAACGACUAAUUCAUUGUGAAAAGAAUCAGAAAUUCGCUGAAAAUGAUAAUUUGAAGGACAAGUUUUCUGAAAUACAGGCUGGCGCACGAUAA